GCCACUGCGUUGAGAUGUAUAACAUAACCAACUCUACAUCUUCUUUUGGAGCUUAUCUGAAUCAUGCAGUCUUGGGCAAAUGAUUUUGGUUUUCUUAGUUUGGCUUGAAAACGAUUAUAUGCGACAUAGAGUUGGAAGUUUCUCUCCCAUUUUAAUCUGGGCUAAGUCUUUCUUGUAGCGUACUGAAUCCCUUUGUGCAAUGUGUAAAAGUCAAAACUUGGAGAUGAAUUUGGUUUUUCCAGUGAUAAAAUGAAGUCUGAGUGUCGUAUCUUUUUUUAACAGGCACUCAUCACGGGUCAACCCUGCCGAAAGAUGAGAUUCUCCUAGAGCAAGUGCGAGUGGUUUACGCAGAGGUUUGGACGACCGAAUUCGCUGAGAGUCAAAUCUCUUGCUGAAAAAUCUUCCAAGCUAAAGCAAGCGAGUUGCAAAGAUUAUGAACCAGCAGCAGAAAAUCUACAUUUUGAUGUGCCUGAUAAAUUGGAUCGACUGGGGAAAAAUAAGGAAGCAGCUAUCCUUGUACUUGGAAGAAAGAUAUCAGGUGUUUACCAAUCCAAAGCUGCCAAAGAAGCCGCAGCAAGGACUGAAACGGAAGAAAUGGAUCAUUCAUUGCACCUAAUGGAAACCAAUAAAAAAGGCACAUCUGCCACCAGAAUAGUUGGAACAGAGCCUUCACUUCGCAGUUCUAAUGCAGAAUUCAGAUUUCAGAGGAUGGGGCAGGGGGUUCCGCAGAUACCUUUACUUCAAGGUGUUCUAUCUACACGUUGCCAAAAGGAAGGUCUUCUCCUGGUGUACUGCAACUCAGAUAGCUGCUAACUAUGGAUGACUGCUAGCGAUGGCAUUCAAACCUAUAAUUGAGGGAAAGACUUGUAUUAUAGCUGAUCAGAGUGGCUCAUGAAAAGUGCUGGCUUAUCUUGCACCAAUAGGCCAACAUCUCAGGUAGGAAGAGCUGCAAUGACCUAGCAAAUCGUUCUCACAAAGCCCUUGAGUUGUUGUUCUAGUGCCUACUGCUGAGUUAGCUUUACAGGUUUUGAGUAACUGCCGAUCUAUAUCAAAGGUUGGGGCUCCAUUCUGGUCUAUGGUUGCCAAAGGUGGCUUCAGGCAGAAAACUCAGCUGGAAAGUAUAGAAGAGGGUGUUUUGAUGUCCUAAUAGCGACUCCUGGUCACUUUAUUUUUCUCAUUUAAGAAGGCUUUUUGGAGUCGAAGGAUCUUAGAUGAUUGUUUUGCAACUGCUCUAUAAUCUAUGGCUUCAUGCUCAGCAUAUUUUUGGAUGAGGUGGAUAUUCUCUGCAAUGAUGAGGAGUUUGAAGCAGCGUUUCAAUGCAUAAUCAAUUCUUCACCUGUCACCACCCAGUAUCUGUUUGGUACGGUCACAUUACUGGUAGAUAUAUAUAACAAAAUAGUUGAAAUUCCUCCCGACUGUGAAGUGAUCAUGAGACCUGGCAUUCAUUGGACAAGCCCUCACCUCGCAGAGUUUCUCAUAGAUUGUAGUAGAGAGGAAGACAGUGAAAAGACUCCAGAUACUGCAUUCCUGAAUAAGAAGUCUGCUUUUAUUCAGCUUGCGGAAGAAAGCCUGGUAACCAAAGGGAUUGUUUUCUGUAACAGAUUUGAGACAUGUCGAAAAGUUGAAAAUGCAUUGAAGUGCAUUGACAGAAAAGGCGCUGAUACACAAGUUCUACCUUUUCAUGCUGCUGUUUCACAAGAGUUGCGGCAGGCCAAUGUGAAAGAGUUUGCUGCUUCUCCAACUAAAGAUGUCUCCUUGUUUUUGGUUUGCACCGACAUGUAUGUAUAGUUGCAUUCUUCGAUACCAAUCAAAUUAUGCUUCCAGAAAUAGAUCUGCUCUGCGGCUGAGCUUGAUCCUUGAAAGUAAGCCUUAAGUUAAACCAUGCAUAGCCUGCCAAGACCCAGGCCUUCAGCUCUCAGUUUAAGCUUGCACAUUUAAUAAUGGAGUCAUUCUCAACAAGAAUUAGAUGAAAAUAGUAAUGGCUGGGAUAGGUCUUGCUCUGUCUUGUGGGUUUUGUGAAUAAUUGGGAUAGGCAAAAGCUCAGUGUUAGCUAAAACUUGAGGCACUCACCUAGGCGCUCUAGCAAAGCGAGGCAAAGCCUCUGCUACUCACCUCAUCUCAGGCAAGGUUUCUUCAUUUAAGGUAAGCACCUGAGAUGAGGUGCUCCUCUUCUGAGGUAUUGCCUCGGAAAAGAUUUGUCUAGGUUAACAUCUUUGCACCAGUGCAAUAUGUGCUACAAUGCAGACCUCGAAUAACUUGUGAUUCUUAGUAUGAAAGACCUAAUAAUUUGUUUGUUGAUGGAUUAAUCCCCACUUUUUACUUGGCACCUCACAUUGUUCAGCCUAGCGCCUGAGGUACUGUGGGGUCUGAGUCUCUUAACAGCGCCUAGUGAUUUUAACAGCACUGUUUGCAACACAGUCAAAUGAAAGGCGGAGCAGGGUCACUGGACACACAUGGAUUUACCUAAGACAUGUCACUCUCAUCUUUCCUUAAGUAUUUGCAAGAUCCCGAUGAUUUUUCAACCACGACAGGUUGUCACAAGGAAUCGACUUUACUGGAGUGGACCAUGUUAUUCUCUUUGACUUCCCACGCGAUCCGAGCAAAUAUGUCUGCCACAGCGAGAUGUGGUGGAGGGAAAGGCAAAGCGUUCAACUCUGCAGUUGGGAAGCAAGUUUCCCUGGCGAGAAGGAUAAUGGAGAGAAACUGGAAAGGUCAUCCCAAGCAUGAUGUGCCCUCCAGUUAUGAGUUGAUGGGACGUUCGUGCACUAAGCGGGAUCUGAGUUCAUGCCUGUAGUGACGGAAGUAAAUCCCAUCGGUCCAUUCUCUUUUUUCCUGCAUUUUACGGGGGAACAGCGCGAGGCAAGAAUUGAAAACGUAAAGGGGGUUGUUUGGUUAGAACCUGCUUCUCCCAUUUUGCAUCUACAUGUUGAGGGGGAUCACAGAAGUGUUAAUGCAAUGAAGAGCUCGAUAUCAAGGUUCAAAACUUACAUAUUUGUACUGAGAAUGUCAAUCACAUCAGCAUACUAACUUAACUCAAAUUGUUGCAACAGACAAAACUUGUAAUUUGUACUGACCUACAUAUAGUUUUUCUUACGAUGUUGCAGUUGUAAGAAUGGAAAAGACCAUCAGACUAGAAUGAAAGGGUCAUUCCAUUCUUUGAGGGCCUUCUUGGUGUCAUUCAUCUCCUGCACCAUCUUAGAAGCCCUUGGGCCCAACUCUCAAUUUUUGUAGUCUACGUCUUCUAGCCAAGCUGGUCUGUUUGCACGUCGUGGCCAGAAGAAACUGGAUUUUUCAUAUCGAUCAAUCACAUCUCUUCAUAGGGAUAAUAAGAUAAAUAGUUCAUGUACUUUUUUUUUUGGUCGGAAGUUCAUGUACUUUGAUCUAAUGU